AUGGCCAGAAUCCCUUGUAAAGACACACCGAGCAGUAUUUUGGCAUAUAAAGAUGAAGUGAUCAGGAGGUUACAGUAUGAAUCACAGUUUAUUGGUUGGAUUCUAAUUGCCGUAGUUGCCUCAGCCGUGUUUUUACUCAAAUGUCUGCAACACUGCUGCUCUCCUUUGAGCUUCCACCAAGAGGAGUACUGGGGCCAGUACCGCUCCUGUGAGAAGGAACUCUUCAACCGUACCGCUGAGGUCCACGCAAAAGUCCUUGCUGCCAGUAAUGUUAAGCAUUUCUUUGGUUUUGUGGCUUUGAAUAAAGAAGAGAAGGAAAUGGUAACUGAAUACCCAGUGGAAGAGGUACAGUCGAGUCCCCAAUGGAAUGAAAUAACUGGAGUAUAUCUGUAUAGGGAAAACAAGGGUUUCCCCUUAUAUAGCCGUCUUCAUAAAUGGGCCAAAAAAGUCAUUGGGAAUGGUACAGAUGCAGAAUCCAAAGAGAUGGCAUUACUUGCAGUCUAA